AUGGACACGUGGAGGCUUUUCAGCUCGUGUAAGAAGAGGGUCGUGGUAACGAGGAUGCCUCGAAUUAUGGUGGAGUGGUUCGCCAAAGAGCAUCUUAGAGCCGAUGAAGUCAUCGGUACGGAGCUUAUCGUGAACGGGUUCGGUUUUGUCACUGGUUUAAUACGUGAACCCGAUAUCGAUCAGUCUGUUUUGAGCCGUGUCGGUGACUUGUUUGUUGAUCAGAGGCCUCAUCUAGGUAUUGGAAGACCGGCCAAGAUGAUUUCUAAAACAUUCUUAUCGUUAUGCCAGGAGCAAAUUCAUGCACCGGUCCAUGGGAACCACAGUGACCAACAACUUGAGCUGCAACCUCCCAAGCCAGUAAUUUUUCACGACGGACGCUUCGUUAAGCGACCAACACCAGCCACGGCUCUCCUCAUCCUCCUCUGGAUGCCAUUUGGAAUCAUCCUCGCCGCGAUCCGAAUCUGUAUCCUCUACGUCCUCCCAUUUUGGGCCAUACCUUACGUCAUCGGAAUUUCAGGCAUCCGAGUCACCGUCAAAGGAAAGCCUCCGCGGCUAUCGGCGACCAGAAACUCCGGCCUACUCUUUGUAUGUAACCACAAAACUUUUAUAGACGGGAUUGUGUUAUCUUAUGCACUUGGACGCAAGAUCACUUCCCAUAGUGUGGAUUUUAGAAACCGAGAUAUAGACGCUGGAAAGAUAAAAGAAGUUCUGUCUAAAGGUGAUGUAGCUAUAUUUCCAGAAGGAGCAAGUUUUAAUGAACCAUUCUUGCUAAGAUUCAACGCGCUUUUCGCUGAGUUAACCGAUGAAAUUGUGCCUGUGGCAAUGAAUGGAGGAACUGGUUUGACUGUUGAUAGUAACGCCGGAUUCUUCCGUGCCAAAACUAGAGGCUGGACUUGUCUUAAUGUUUUCUUUUUUAUGAACCCGACACUCGUAUAUGAGGUUACCUUCUUGGACCAGCUUCCGUUGGAGGAAAGUUGUUCAUCCGGGAAAAGUCUGUAUGAUGUGGCGAACUAUGUUCAGAGAAUCUUGGCGGAUACGUUAGGGUUCGAGUGCACUAACUCCACGAGGAAGGAUAAGUACAAGCUUCUCACGUGA